UCACCAAGAAAUCUCCGCAGUCCAAAAGAGUUUCGGAGAAAAAUCUCAUAAAAAUCCUACGGAAUUCCCACCACCACAACUCCAGUUUUCAUCAAUCCAACACAAAUAUCUAGACCUGUAGACAAAUCUUGAGGUCGGUAAUGGAGAGCUUGCAGAGAUCUGCUAUAUCGUUCCGGCGACAAGGCUCGUCGGGAUACGUAUGGGACGACAAAUUCCUCGCCGACCAGUUUAAUAAGGUCGCGAACGAGCGGAAGGAGGAGAGCAGCACCAGCACCACCACGGAGGAGAAUAAAGAGGAUCCAAUUCCAAUAGCCACCGCCGCAAAGAAAUCGCCGCCGCCGCCCGCUGGAUUGGCGAUCGAUAGGAGCCGAUCCAACGGCGGAAGGGGAUUCCGUAUCGGAAAGGUGUCUCCGGCGGUCGAACCGCCUUCGCCUAGGGUUUCGGCGUUCGGAUGCUGCGGUGCUUUCGGGAAACGAGAGAAGACGCGCCGCCGGCCGCCGAAGUCCGGUAAGCGCGUGAUGUGAGGAUUCCUUGUUGCAAUUGUUCGUCUCGAUGGAAUUAAGGUGAUGAUGAGGAUUUGAAUCGAGAAAAUUGAAUUGAUCUUGAUGUUGUCUUUCUGCUAUUUCCUCGUUGAUUUGAUCCGUUAAAGCUUAGAUAACUUAUAGAUCUUUUUCUUUUGAGUAAUUUAUGUGUGUGGAUCUUAGAAAUCAGUGGGGAAAUAUUGCGGAGAUUUGAGAUUUGAACAACUUCGAUGAUUGCGGAUCGAACCAUAGCGAGAUUUCGAUGACUUUUAUCGUUUAUAUUUCGAACGAUCUUGAAGUCAUAUAGUACUUCACAGAUUGACAAAUCUUAUUUUCAUUUCUGGAAAGGUAUGCAUAUUUACUGUUUAUAA